CAUUUGGUUACCAGUUUCGAUUCAAUGUCAGUGGAUCAGAAAAGAAAUAUUUUUAUUUAAUUUUAGUUUAGUCGCAAAGUGCUUGAAACAAUCGAAUUUACAAAUUUAUAUUUUUAGUUUAUUGAAAUUUUUCGUAUCGAUAACAUUCGUUCAAUGGUGGCACAUUUGUAUUACUUUAGGAGUUGCUGAUGCUGACUUAAGUAUGUGAAAGUGAAAUUUUUGAAUGGGAAAAUCGACAAGAAAAAAAUCACUUGAAAUAAUUAAUUGUUUGUCAAGUUGUGCAUUUUGUGUGUUGAAUUUCAUUCUACAAUAACAUUUUGAUUGUGAUUCAUUUUGACGUAUGAAUCAAAUCUUUGUGUAGUAUAAGAGAACCAGUCGAAAUUCCUUCGCAUUUAUAUAAAGAAAAAGCCCAACACCCAAGCGGAUUUUUCGGUGGCAUCAAUGUUAACGUAUCACAGUUAUUACAUAGAUUCAGAUCGUUUUAUAUUUUUAUCGUUGCUAAAAUGACCUGGACAGUAGUGUGUUAAGUUUCCUACUUUAUAAGCCAAUGCAGUUACGAUAGCCGGAGAGAACAUGUCGCCAAUGAUCUAUACGUUGUACGGAUUCGCAAUUUUCUUUUUCGUAUUUUGGUGCGGAAUUUGGUUCGUUCAUUUAUUGGCCAUCACUUAUGGAAAAGUAAAACUUCAUCGGAAAGUAUCUAUUCAGCCGCGAGAGACACCCUUACCGAGCGUCUCGAUCUUAAAACCUCUGAUGGGUGUGGAUCCGAAUUUGGCGCAGAAUUUGGAAACAUUUUUCACAUUAAAUUAUCCGGUGUAUGAAUUACUAUUUUGCAUUGAGGAUAAAGAUGAUCCAGCCAUAGCGAUUGUGAACUCUCUGAUGGAAAAAUAUCCGUUGGUGGACGCUCAUUUGUUUCUGGGUGGUUCUGUGGUUGGUGUUAAUCCAAAAAUUAAUAACAUGCAACCCGGCUACGAAGCAGCCAAAUACGAAUACAUUAUGAUCUCAGACAGUGGUAUUCGCAUGAAAGAGGACACCUUGUUAGACAUGGUACAACAUAUGACCGAAAAAGUAGGACUCGUUCAUCAAAUGCCGUUUACAUGCGAUCGGGAUGGUUUUGCUGCCACAUUCGAAAAGAUAUUUUUUGGCACCGUCCAGUCUCGCAUAUACUUAACCGCUGAUCUAGCCGGCAUUAACUGUCACACGGGCAUGUCCUGCUUGAUGCGAAAAAAUGUUUUGAUCGAAAUGGGUGGCAUCCGAAUAUUCGGAUGUUAUCUGGCUGAGGAUUUUUUUAUGGCCAAAGCAUUCACCGAUUACGGUUGGAAGACGUCGAUCAGUAGCCAACCGGCAAUGCAAAACUGUGGAACAUGUAACAUUGCGAGCUUUCAAGCCAGACUGACCAGAUGGGCCAAAUUACGAGUGGCAAUGGUGCCGACUAUGAUUCUGUUGGAACCGCUAUCCGAAUGUAUGAUCGUUGGAGUUUUUGCUUCAUGGGCUGUUAAUGUGUUAUUCCAUUGGGACUCGUUGGUAUUUUACUUAGUUCAUAUUUUACUUUGGUUCUUAUCCGACUGGAUUCUGUUGUCCAUAGUUCAGAACGGUUCGCUUCCAUUCAACAAAUUCGAUUUUGUUGUUGGUUGGGUGUUUAGAGAAUUCAGUGGUCCGUACCUAUUCCUGCAUGCCCUAUGGAAUCCGGCAAUAAGAUGGCGUGCCCGAGUAUAUAAACUAGCUUGGGGUGGCGUAGCAUAUGAAAUAUCUCCGAAAAUUAAGUCAUAGCUACCACAAUGCGCUGAUGUUGCGGUCAUUUUCCUCGAAGAACGUUUCACGUGUUCUUGAUUAAUAUAUUUUUUUUUGUUUAGUCUUUAAGCUAAAUCAGGUAAUAAGCCGAAUGCGAGCGGUUAAUACAUUUAUUUUGUAUGUGAUGCCACAUGAUGAACAAUAACACUGCGCUUGUUAGAAAAUGAA